AUGGCGGUAACAAAGCAAGUGCCGGCGGUUGAAGAAGAGAAACUGCUGAGAAAGAGGAACGAGGAGCUGGAGAGAGAGCUGAGAAAGAGCCAGGAGAGAGAGGAGCGCAUGAAGGCUGAGCUGCAGAAGGCCCGCGAGAGGCUCAGAGUCGCCGAGGAGGCAGAGGAGCGGCUCUGCUCACAGCUCGGUGAGCUCGAAGCGGAGGCCGUCGAUCAGGCUCGUACAGAUCACGCUCGGAUUCUGGCCCUCAUGAACCAGCUCUCUCAGGCCCAAAGCCUUCUCCAGGCUUCAUCCGUUGCGCAGCCUUUGGGACUCGCUUCCAAAUGA